GGACACCUACUACCUUACGCAGUAACGUCUAACUGCUUAGAGUUGAGGGUUUAAUACCUAUAUAAAUGGAUUGUGCAUUCUUUCUUAUCAUAUAAUCAGGUUAUUCAAAACAAAAAUGGCAGGUGAUCAGAGUUCAAGCUCAUUCACCACCGGCAACAUCGCACAAGAGAAGGGGUUGGACUAUGUACCGGGUUGUUACAAAGUUUCAUCACCCAAUCAUCCGAGUUUGGCCCGUGAGACAACUCUUGUCCCCGUUAUUGAUAUGGCUAGAUUGAGACAGGACGGUGGUGAACGUUCGGUAAUCAUUAGGGAGAUUGGCGACGCAUUUCACCGAAGUGGCUUCUUUCAGGUGAGUUUUCUUCUCAUUCAGCCAAGUGAUUUAGUGAAUCAUGGGAUUUGCCAAGAAAUACUCGACGGAGCACUUGCUUCGGCGUUGGGAUUCUUUAACUUACCGGCACAAUUGAAGCUCCAGCUGAAGUCUGACGAUGUGUUCAAGGCGGUGAGAUACGGUGGCAGCUUCAAGGACGGGGUUGAUAAGGUCCAAUUUUGGAGGGUAUUCCUCAAGCAUUAUUCGUAUCCUUUGGAUACCUGGAUUGAUUCCUGGCCUAAGAACCCACCUCAAUACAGAGAAAAAAUGGGAAAUUUUUCUACAGAAAUCAGGAAACUGGCGCUGGAACUUAUGAAGGUUAUAACAGAGAGCCUCGGAUUAGGUCGGAAUUACCAAAGCCAAAAGAUGGAGGACGGAAUGCAAGUUAUAACGGUGAACUGUCAUCCACCGUGCCCACAACCAUCCCUGGCGCUUGGCCUGCCCCCACAUUCGGAUUACAGUAGCUUAACCAUCCUCCUCCAGAACUCGCCCGGGCUCGAAAUCGGGGAUUCCCACGAUUGCAAAUGGAGACUCGUCCCAGAGCUUCACGGUGCCUUACAGAUACUAUAGCUAGGUGAUAAUCAGUUUUUGACAUUUUAGUGAUCGAGAUAUCUUAAUUUUUUAUAAUUUUAAAUUAAAUUAUAUUGUGCUUGUAUAUUUUAAACUGAUUUACCCAAGGGACCCAAUAAAACUUUUUUAAAUUG